UGCAUCUUCCAGCUAGUCGCUUGAAUCUUUCCUAGCCCUCAGCGGCGGCAGGACAGGGACGCCCAGCAUCAUUCGACGACCAAGGUCAUAUUCACGAUUCCGAUUCCGAUUCCGACGAGUAUGACGAGGAAGACAGUAUAGACUUUUAAUGGCUCUGGUGACUGUGUUGGGGAGGGAGGGAAAAGAGGGAAAGGGGGAUACACAAAAGAAAAGAAGAAAAUUCGAUAUGCUUACCACGGCGGCGUUCUACGGCUCUUUUCUUUUUUUCAUUUCUUUUCCCUCCCCUUCCCUGUAUUCUGGCAGUACGAAAUUGAGAGCCAGCUGCGCCGGGAGCUGUGUGGUUUUUAUUUUAUUUCUUACCCUUACACGUCUUCCUUCGGAAUUACGAGAUAGAAGAACAAGAAAGAGGAGCACGAAGAAGAAGAAUUACUACUAGACGACAAGACACAAUGGGCCGGGACCGGGCGGCCUCGCUGCUCGUUUUUCCCUGCGGGUAUGCGCGCGCGCACACGCAGGUAAUGGCGAAGGAGAGAUCUCACGG